AGUCCCCGAGGAAAGGAGCUUUCGAGUGCACUCGGUCUCCGUGUCCCAGCACCACCUCUUAUCUUAGCCAUGUGUGAAGAGGAGACAACCGCCCUGGUUUGCGACAAUGGCUCUGGGCUAUGCAAGGCUGGCUUUGCCGGGGAUGAUGCGCCCCGUGCAGUGUUCCCAUCCAUCGUGGGUCGCCCACGUCACCAGGGCGUGAUGGUGGGGAUGGGCCAGAAAGACAGCUACGUUGGGGAUGAAGCCCAAAGCAAGAGAGGAAUUCUGACCCUUAAGUACCCCAUUGAGCACGGCAUCAUCACCAACUGGGACGACAUGGAAAAGAUCUGGCACCAUUCUUUCUACAACGAAUUGCGAGUGGCGCCUGAAGAACACCCCACACUUCUUACAGAGGCUCCCCUGAACCCCAAGGCAAACCGAGAAAAGAUGACUCAGAUUAUGUUUGAAACCUUUAACGUCCCUGCCAUGUAUGUUGCAAUUCAAGCUGUGUUGUCCCUUUAUGCAUCUGGCCGUACUACUGGUAUCGUUUUGGACUCUGGUGACGGCGUCACCCACAAUGUGCCCAUUUACGAAGGUUAUGCCCUGCCUCAUGCAAUCAUGCGUCUUGACCUGGCUGGCCGUGACCUUACGGACUACCUCAUGAAGAUUCUUACGGAGAGGGGCUACUCUUUCGUCACCACUGCUGAACGGGAAAUUGUGCGUGACAUCAAGGAGAAGCUGUGCUACGUUGCUCUGGACUUUGAGAAUGAAAUGGCAACCGCUGCGUCCUCGUCUUCCCUGGAAAAGAGCUACGAGCUGCCCGAUGGGCAGGUCAUCACCAUCGGCAACGAGCGAUUCCGUUGCCCAGAAACACUCUUCCAGCCGUCCUUUAUUGGCAUGGAAUCUGCUGGGAUUCAUGAGACAACAUACAAUUCCAUCAUGAAGUGUGACAUUGACAUCCGCAAAGACCUCUAUGCCAACAACGUCCUUUCAGGUGGCACCACUAUGUACCCUGGCAUUGCAGACAGAAUGCAAAAGGAAAUUACAGCCUUGGCUCCCAGCACAAUGAAGAUAAAGAUCAUUGCUCCUCCUGAGCGCAAGUAUUCUGUUUGGAUUGGAGGCUCCAUCCUGGCUUCGCUCUCCACCUUCCAGCAGAUGUGGAUCAGCAAACCAGAAUAUGAUGAAGCCGGCCCCUCAAUUGUGCACAGGAAGUGCUUCUAAAGACCAGAGCUAGAUUCUUCCAGAGCACGGAGACCCCUUUCUUCUUCUUCUUCUUCUUCUGCAACUCUUUCUAACCCUUUAAUAAGCAUUA